GUUAAUUGAGUGACAACUUCUCAAGUUCAAAACCCAGCCUAAAAAUUUUGCAUUUCAUGCAUCUUGCAUCGGUGCAACUGCAUUCCUUUCCUUCUUCCUUCCUCUCUCUGGAAUUAGUGGAAUUCCAAGAAGUCGAUAAAAAUGACAGUCGGGCAGGCGCGUAGCGCUUUUGUUAAAUGCCCAAGCGCAGUUUGAGCGGGACAUCUUGCUAUUGGUAGUGGCCGUAGCGCCUUUAGAGCCACCUAGAUACCAUGUAUUUCUAAUCCGUGAAGUGUGUUGUAGAAUAAUCCUGAAUUUAAUAACAUCUUCCCCGAUUGCAUUCAAGGUAAUUCCAUUUCGUUAAGAUAUUAUAAACGAUUGGAAGUAGAGUAGAAUUAUCAAUGACCUGGAACUUGUCAGUCAUCUAUAGAAAAGAACAAAGUUCACUUCCUAUACCUAUUAAGAUGAAAUUUCAAAUUAUUAUAGUUAUAUUACAAUGGGGAUUAACAUAAAACAAGAAAUACAUUAAAAACACUAACAAACCUAACAAAAUCUCAACACAUUGAUGGAUGGACAAGAGCAGCUUUUUUAACAAACAAUGUAUUUCAACAAGGAUAGUUCUCAAGUGAUUUAUUGGCCACCAGCUAGAGACAAGAUCUUGAUAUUGCAGUGCACCUUCAAGGUUUCCCAACACUAUUUUUUCACAUCAGUAUUAUGAAGUAUCCCCAAUUGGUGUCGAUGCCUUCGGCAGUCUCCAAUUGGUUAGAAGAACAGUUGGAAGCUCGUGGUAUAGAUGCUGUAGUGUACACACGUUAUAUUCUCAGUUUGCUUCAUUCACACACUGUCGAUGUUAUAUUUUCUGAUGGGGAGUUCUCUCACUUGAAUAAGAAUUGCGAAAUAGAAUCUCUGGUCGACGAACUGUGCGAGAAGCUGAAAGAAGCGAACGACAGUGACCUUACCGUCUCUCCCCCACUUACCUCCACCACUACCAACACCCCUCCAUUGAGGAAAAUCACGCCGCAAGAGUUGGCAGAAAAGUACUACGCCGCUUUUCCGGCUCUUUGCCCAAGCAGUAGCAGCGAAGGCGGCAGUCCCAAGAAGAAAGGGUCGGGUCAGAGGAAAUUCGGGGGCAGGCAGACCGUUUACGAAAAUAAGCUACGCGUCAAGGAAAAUACUGAUAUAAUGAAAGCCCGCUGUCAAAACAAGCAGCGUUUCCCUUACUUCUCUCGCAACAAAACGACGUCGUCCCGCCACAGCAACAACAACAACCUCAACCUCAACAACAACACUGCCUUCAACAAUUGGGAUUUCAACAUGUUCACCAACAAGAAAUUCUUCGCUGCUCCCAGCAAGCCUAAGAAUCUAUCAGAUGUGCACGAUUCUACAGAUCAAUGCAUGGAAGAAAGCAGGUAUUUGUGGGCAAAUGACGGCGACGACGUCAACAUGUACGAGGACUUACCAGUUGAUAUCAAAGACUUGCUGGACUCUCCCUCACCUCAGCAAGACGACACCGUCGAAAUGAUGAACAUGGCCAACAUGCGGGACGAUGGCAAAAGAGAAUACAUACCCUAUGGCACCAACAUCAGCUCAAUCUGGUCUACCGACCAAGACGUCGCCUACGACAACAAGUUCAACUCCGCCAUCGAUAACUCCGCCAACUCCGACUUGUCGCUCGGUUUCAAGUUCAGCUCGAUAUCCAUCGGCAAGCCGUUCGAAAAUUGGCCGGUCGCGAAUUCUCGCUCGGAGAUGGAGAACGAAACGAACACGCUCUUCGAGAACAACAAGAUUUUUUCGCUUCCCUCGCAGCCCCACCGUGUCCACGUGGACGGUUUCCGAAGUUUGCCCAGCGAUUGGAACAAACCGACCGAGCCGGAUCAGAAGGAGAAAGGUAGCGACGACGAGAACCAAUCGAACCAUUUGGCGUGCAGCCUGAUGAAGUUGAACCACAACAAGGAGAAGAGCUGUUUCGCCGAAAUCACUCCUCGGUGCAGCGUCAAGAUUAAUUCUUUCAAUCCGUUCGGUCGCAAUUCGGGCACUUUCGGCUUGUGUUCUCAACUGUCUUCCGGCUCGAAUAAAGACAAGGAGGACCUGCUGACCUCGGCCAGUUCCCACUUCAAGCCGAUCGUCGCCGAGAAGGUGGAAACGAGCGUGGCGAAGAAGUACGCCGACGGCGCCACCUUCGUCAUCUCCAACAACCUGGAGAAGGUGGAUUUCAAGAGGAGCGACAGCGGCACGAUGUGGCUGGAGAGCGAUAACGGUCAAAGUAAAAAGUACCACGAAUACAAGGGCGAAGAGAUCGUCGGCUCGCCGGACUUGGAUUUCGUGCUCAAAUUCAGCAUUUGCCAAAACGACAAGGCCUGUCAAACGGAGGAAACGGCCGACCACGAUUGCGAGAAUUAUAAGGAAGCGAGCAAAGUUGAUGAUGAAACGGACAUUGGUCGGUGCACACCCAUUUCACGCCCUCAGGAAGACUUUCCCGAGGGCUCCGAUAACGUGCCCUUGUGGAAAUACGAGACGAAAGGUUGCGACGAGUGUCGGCAAGUCGAAGGGUCCGAUUGGGCGACCCUUAAAGACGUCGAUUGGGAACGCGAUCGCGGUCUUAGGGAUAUUUGGAGCGACGGAGAGAUGUGUCGGACGUGCCUGGAUGGUGGAGGGGAGCUGUCUCGCCCCGCCCCUUCGCUGCGCUUGCGCGAAGAUAUCAGUCAGGACGGGGAACAGCUGUUGAGCGACCUCAGCACAUUGCAACAGUCCUACAUGGACGAUUUACCUGCCGACGCAGAAACCAUGCGCGAUCUGUCCGAUUUGCUAUCGGGCCCCAAAGAGCGCAAGCGCCGGCAUUCCUUCAUGCUCGAUCACGACGCUUGGAGUUUCGCUUCCAGAUUGGAGGAGGACUGCCUCAUACAGAUGUCGACGCUGCCAACCCUACGUUCGGUCACCCUGUGAACGCCAACCCCGAAUAAUUUUUCGGCUUUUUUCGAAAUGACGAGCAGCAUACAGUAUCGCGAGCGCCUUACAAGCGCCCAUGACUAAUCAACUGCCAUAUUAGUUUCAGUGCAGGUAAAAAAAGGGUGUGAGUUUUGGGAGGGGGUAAGUUUUUUCCUCCCUCUCCCUACUUCACACUGACGAACUGUCAUGCUGCCGAGUUUGCUUGUUUAUAUUUAUGACGGGGCUAGCGCGACAAUUUAGGGGAUUGUUGUGUAGAUGUAUAUAUAGCCGGUACUUUCCUUUUUUUAUGUUUGUUUUCAGUUGUCGGCACGUUAUCGAUCGAUCUUUUUUUGUUGUUACCUUGUAUAAUCGGUCAUUUGAUGCCGUUCUUUUGUUUUGUUGUGUGUAGAAAUAAUUGGAUGUCGGUCUUGGAAGGAACGAACAAGGAAACGGUGAAAAAAUUGUGUUUUUUCUGUGGGGUAGUAAAAUCAGUGUUGACACUUGAUGUCAAAGACAUACUAUGACGAAUUGAAAACAUUAGUUUUUAGUCAUGAAGGACAUAUCAAUUGUUUUAUUCGCCUUCUGUUUUGAAGGAAUGAGUGAGGAGUACCUUGUUACAAUUAUAUUUCAAAUUAAUUUGAUUAUCAUGAUAAUAAUAUAUAUAUAAUUGCAAAUGAAUUCCAAUUGGCGCAGUCGGUAGGAUUCGACUGUUACCGUUUAAAUUAAUGAUUAUUGGUUCGAAUUUAAUAUUUUUUUACAUUAAUUUGAAGGAUGAAAACACACGAUUUAGGAAGAAAUUUGUUGAUGCAAUAUCACAUUGAAACGAAUUUUCUAGUUGAUAGGAUACUUGGAAUUUUAUUGUUUCUGUGAUGUUUUCCGUUGUUUUUUGUUCGUUCUUAUCAAGACCGACCUUCUACGGAACAAAUCAAAAAUGAUUUCGGAUUAGUUAUUGGUUUUGGUGUAGUUCGUAUUGUCGGAAUCCGUUUGUUUUUUUUAUCCUUUUGUUGACUAUUUUUGUUAUUGAAAUUCUGUUCAGAUUUUAAAUGGAAAUCAGAUUUCUUUGGAGGUGUGCGAUAGUUCUGACAAUAUGAUUCAUUUCUUCAUAUCAAUUCAUCAUGAACAGAUCUGCCCAAUCUUUUAAACUAGAAUAAUUGAAAAAAAAACGAGCUGUAAAAAUAUCCGUUUCAAAAUGUAUUUCAGGCAGAUCUUCCAUCAUCACUAUUUUUACAGUUUGAUGUUUUUUGUCCAUGGAUUUUUUUCAAUCAAAACGAAACAGAACACCUGUUGAUAUUCGCUAUGAGCGGAAAAUAUUGGUAGCGUUUUUUAAUCGUGAAAAAUGAAAAAAAAAAAGUAGUCACAGGGUACUGCUGGUGUACUUGAUUUUUCCUUAGUUGUAGUGGAAAAAAAUCAUUUAAUUAUCAACAAAUGAGCAGGACCAUUUAUCAAUUAUUCAUUUAUGAUUUGUAAAUAGUUGCAUACAAAGUUUUCAAAGUUAACGGAAAUCAAAAUCCUGCUCAGGGUAGUUGGAAAAGAUUAUUCAUAUUCAAAGUGGUUUCUUUUUUUUAUAUUAGAUAGCCAGAUCAAAAUUUUAUAGCUUGAGCAAAAUGAAUUAAUGUUAUUUUGAAAUGAUAGCUGGUUUAAAAAAGAAAUUUCACUUCAGUAUACUGAAACUUUUCUCUAGCCGAUAUAUUAUCACAUAUAUCUAAUAUAUCAUACGU